CUGAGCCGGAAAGUGAGGUCAAACUUGCCUUUGACGCCGAUGAACGAGUCGAUCGCCCCCGUGCACAAGGCGCCCGAGCUCCAGGUCACGACCUUCCGCGACUUCCAGACCAACUGCACCCUCCUCGAGAACUCCCUCCGCGACAGCGGCUCGGACCCGCGCCCGGACCUGCAGAAGCUCCAGACCUGGGUCCGCUGGGUCAACGACGGGCACGGGUCGCCGGCCCAUGAGACGUACCUCUACUCGACGUCGCUGCCGCGCGUCGCCAAUGGCUUCUUACGCCGGUCUUUUGCGCGCUUCCCGGACGGCGACGUGCUCACGCAGAUCGUCGGCUUUCUGCGCGAGCUGGCCAUGCACCUCGUGCGCCGACUGCACACGUCGACGCAGCUCCUCGCCGACAUGGAGACCUUGCACGCGCUCCUCGAUCCGAGCCACAACUUUUACAUGUACCAUGGCGUUCCGGCGUGGAACACGGAGAUCGAGGUCGAAGAAGAAGAAGCCGUUGGCGAUGCGAUACCGUUGGCGACGCCGCCGCAGGUGGGCGACGCCGUCGACGCAUACCAUGCAGGCAAGCACGUGUGGAUGCAAGGCGUCGUCCUAGACAUGAAGGACGAGAUGGAGGUGUACGUGGGCUUUUACGGCAUGGAGGCGACAGGCGACCGCUGGCUGCCUCGCGAGCAUCUCGCACCCCUCGGGGCCAAGGCCAAGGAGCACCGCCGCGGCCACGGGCCAAUCCGCACCGAGCUCGACGAGGAUAUUCCGGACGCCAACGACAGCGACCGCGCGCCGUACAUGUGCGCGCUCCUCCGUCCCCGCGUGCCCUGCUCGCGCUUCUUCGUUGACGUCCUCAACGCGUUCGGCAGCGUCGGCGGCUUCCAGAAGCUCCCGCUCUUUGUGCUGCAGCCGCCUAUCAACGUGGCCAUGGUCGCGACCGUCGUGUCGUUGAUCGCGAACGUGUUGCCGUGGGUCACGCGGCCCCUCGCACACCAGCUCGUGCGGCAGACCGAGGCGUCGCUGCACUUGCACUGCCCCGAGAUGGAGCUCCGCAACAUGACCAAGCCAAUGAUGGACACGCUGCACGCUUGCUUCAAGAAGAUCUGCCGGCGCCUCUAUGUACGCCUCGACGCAUCGCGCAAGGCCGACGAGCUCCUCCUCGGGCUUUGUCUCCGCUGCCUCGAAAGCGACGUGCUUGAGCACCGCCUCCACGGUCUGCGCUGCCUCACGGACUUUCUGCCGCUCAUUCGCCAUGCCAAGACGCACCCGCUCGGCGUCAAGCUCGUCGCGUCGUCGCUGGCGUCCUCGUACCCAAGUUCAGCGGCCUCGUCCUAUGUGCUCAUUUCGCUGCCGAUCUCCGAGGCGACGGACGAAGCGUCGCUGGCCUCGUGGUGCGAGACGCACCAUCUGCUCUCGCUCCUCUGCAACGCGCACGAGCAGGUCAUUCGGCGCGGCGUCGAUGUCGUCCGGUUCCUCUGCGAAGCGCAUCGCUUUGGCUUGGCCGAGCUGCACCAGGUGUGGGACGCCGUCCUUUCCACGUCGACGGGCGCCGACGUCCGCGCGAGUCUCUUCUUCCUCCUCGAGUCGAUCAUCGCGUGGCUUUCCGAGCCGAUCUGCAAGGAGCUCCUCCGGCUCUUGAGAGCCUACCCGACGCCCAGCGUCCACGUUGUGCACCUCGUUGGCAGCAUUGCCAAGCACGCGCCGAUGGACGAGCCGCUGCACUUGACGCCUCGACUGCAGCUGGAGCCGAUCGAAGGCGACUUGUUCUCGCGCCAUGCGGCCUGCCGUUGCGAGGCCAUCGAGCUUCUCUGGGGGUACCUCCACGACACGACGGACGACGGACGGCGCCAGCUCUACGAGCCGGCCAAGGCGCAGCUCCAAGAGAGCAUCGACGCCAACAUUGAUGCGGACGACCGCCCGUCGCUGCUGGAAGAGCCGAGUCUAAGCCCGCUCGUGCUCGACGGCGUCGUCGUUCUCUUGACGCAGUGCGUCGAUCGCGUCAAUGCGCAUACAGAUGUGCCGCAGGCGCUCGGCAUCCUCGGCUACCUGCUGCAUCUCUUUCCGUCCGACCACUGGAAGCUCGAGAUCAUUGCGUGGCUCCACGCACGCCACAUUGUCCAGCACAUUUUGGACGACUUGGUCGAUUUCAAAGCGGCGCUGCCGAUCGACGAGACGAAAGAUGCGCUCGACGACAUGAACGCCGCGCUCUUGCGUCGUGGCAGCCACGUGGACUUUACCGCGCACCUCAAGGCCCGCCUCGGGUUCCUCUCGCUGCUCUGCGAGCUCGUGCCGCAGUCGCACAGUCUCGCGCAUUCGCACUUGGCCGUGCUCUGGGACGCGCUCUUGGUGCGCAGCGUCUUGCCGUCCGAGCGCAGCAUGCUCUUCAAGUGGCUGAUUGCGAACGCGAUGCACUUGACGAAAAAUGCGGUCGCGUACGUGUUCGAGUCGCUCUUGAGCGACGUGGGCUUCCUCAAGAGUCCGUCCUUGAGCCCACUCGCGCUUUCCUGCGUCCUCUGUUACUUUCGCUUGAUGAACGACCAAGCAGGCACGCUCGUUCUCGCCCCGUCCGCCACGACGGCGCCGUGCACAACCAACGCGUUCGUGGUCCAGUCGCUGCCGCUGCGCGGCAUGGACGCGCUCCUCACGAUGCUGCUCGAGGCGUCGCACGCGACGGUCUUUGCGCAGACGCUGCGGUUCGUGGCGCUGCUGCCAUUCAAGCUCGGACCAAACGCAGGCACGCUGGACCUCGUGACGUUGAGCUUGGAGCGCUUGGAGCCGCCGACGCUCGAGCGCGCGCUGGUCUUGCUCUCGACGUUUGUCGGCACGGACGUGGCGUCGGCGACAGCCCUCGCCACCGGACGCUGGGUGCCCCACAGCAGCAAUUCGCGCGGCUCGAUGCUCACGCUGCUGCUCUCCAACUCGAUCAAGGGCACGCCGACGGUCGGUGCAAAGGUGCCGCUCGUCGUGUACGCGAACGACACGGUGCUGCAGAUGCAGGUGGCAGCGACGCUCGCGCUGCAAGUGCCCAUGGCCGUACAGUACCUGCGCUUCUUCCGCGCGGGCCGCGAGAUCCAAGAGCUCACGCGCUGCUUGUCGCUGUCCGACGCCGGGUUCAAGGACGGCGAUACAAUCCUCGUCUCGCAGCGACCCAACUUGACGCCGGCGAGUGCGACCGAAAGCGACCUGCCGAUCGUCUUGUCGCCAACGUUGUUUCCGAAGCUCCUGAGCCUCAUGGACUCGCACGUGGAGGCGUGGAACCUCCUCUUGCGGCUGCCAACGCCUGCGUCGGUCGUCGAUGCAAUCCGCAAGCACGAAAGCGAGUGGUCGGCGCUGCUCUCGUCGAGCCACAUGUCGCAGCUGCUGUACCGUCUCCAAGUGCUCGACGGACUCUUGGUCGAGAGCCGCUUUUUGGAUUCGUUUGUGGCGACGCACGGACCCUCGUGCAUCCUAAAGACGUUCCUGUCCUUGCGCGCCGACAGCGGCGCCUCGGGCUUUGAAGCAUACGUGCAGCACGAGUCGGCACUGGUCUCUCUCCGGCUCCUCACACGCUUCCUCUAUGACGGCGCGGCGGUGCACUUUCCCAAGCAGCUCGAGUGGGACGCGGACUUGUGGGUGACGUCGGACCUCGCGACGCUACCCGCUCGGAUCCUCGCUGCGUACGACAACUGCGUGACGCCGUCGACCACGAAAGCGCCGGGCAUCGUCUGGGCCAACGACGACAUGGCGGCGCUCUGCGACGCGUGCUUGCUCUGGAUGCAAGUCUGCGUGCAAAAUGAUCUGCACGGCCUCCUCGAUACGCUCUGCACGCUCUUUGUGUUGGCAGCACCGACGUUCCAGCGGCUCCCGUCGUCGGCAGUUCUCCAUGGCCUCGUCAGCACGCAGCGUCCGAUCCGUCUCCUCAUUGCGCAUACGCUCGUGCUCUUGAGUAAAACCACGGAUGUGGCGUUGGAUGCCGACACAGCGGCCGCCAUCGUACUCCUUUUGCGCGAGUUUGAAGGCGACUCGGUCGAGUACGUGACACUGCUGGGGCUCUUCGUCCUCGCAGCGGGCGACGUCGUGGAGAACGCGGCGACGCUCUUCGAGUCGUACGCGACGAGCGUCUCGUGCCCCGUGACAUCGGCGACGUUCCUCAGCGACGUGCCGCACACCCAACUGUUUGGGGACCCACUGCCGACGCCGCUCGAAGGUGCGCUCUUCGUGCUGCGCUGCACCCUGCACAGCAGCCGUAAACUGCAGACGUUCCAGCCACAGCUGCUCCUCGACCUAUGGCACGCCGGCUUGUUUGCCUACCCGACAACGAGUGACGGACCGUGGCACCCACGCUGCAGCACGCCGUCGAGUCGCCACGCGGCGUUCCAGCUGCUCUUGGAUCUCUGCAACAUGCCGUCGACGACGUCGCUUUUGGAGAACGGCAACCUGGCGUUCGUGAUGGAGCAAGUGCCGCCGAUUCUGGCGACCCUCACGCGCGUGUACGAGGACUGGGAGUGGGCCUUUGACCCGCACAGCGUCAUGAAGUCGAGCACGGGGCGCGUCGGCCUGCGCAACCUCGGCUGCACGUGCUACCUCAACUCGACGCUGCAGCAGCUGUUUUACAUGCCGCGCUUCCGCGACGCGAUCUUGUCGCUGCCCGUGGACCCGGGCAUGGACGUCGUGACGCAGACGCAGCGGCUCUUUGGGCACUUGGCCGCGACGGAGCAAAAGUGCGUCGACCCGACGCCGCUCCUCCACUGCCUCCACGACGAGGCCGGCGGCCCCCUCAACGUCAUGAUGCAGCAAGACGCGGAAGAGUUUCUGACACGGUUUGUGGACGGCGUGACUGAGUACCUCAAGACGACGCCUGCACAUACGAACGCACUCGACGCGGUGUUUGGUGGCACGCUCUGCACGCAGCUGUGCUGCCAAGGCGGGUGCGGCUCGGUGCGCGAGACGGCCGCGACCUCGUUUGUGUGCAUGACGGUCGAGGUCAAGGGCCACGACAGCCUUCUCUCGAGCUUGCGCAAUUGGAGUGCGGGCGAGAUGCUCAGCGGCGUCAACUGCGACGCGUGCGGGAGCAAGCAGGACACGAUCAAGCGCGACUGCGUCGAGACGGCGCCCGAGACUCUUCUCCUGCACCUCAAGCGGUUUGAACUCAACUUUGACACGUUUCUGCGCGAAAAGGUCAACGACGCGUUUGCGUUUCCACUGAGCUUGGACCUGUUUCCGUACACGAAGGCGGGUCUCGAUGCGCCGGACGCCCACGCGUCGACGCUGUACUACGACCUCGUCGGGUGCGUCGUGCACCUCGGCAGCACCGAGUCGGGGCACUACUACUCGCUCGUGCUGGACCGCGUCUCGGGCAAGUGGCUCGAGCUCAACGACGACACGGUCUCGUACUUUGACCUGCGGCUCAUGGAGUCCGAGUGCUUUGGCGGGCCCGACGCGUCCGGCAGUAGUAGUCUGCUUCUCAACACCAAGAGCGCGUACAUCCUCGUGUACGAGAAGCAAGGGUCGGCAUCGUCGCUCGCGACGAUGUCGCUGCCGUCGGGGCUCGCCGACGACCUCCGUCGCGAAAACAAGGCAUUUGUCCAAGCGUGCUAUGCGCACGACCCCAACUUUCUCGCCUUUCUAAGUGCCCUUCUCACGCGCCUCCCGCCCCAAGACGAGAUUGGCGUUGACGCGCCGCUGUCACCGUUUCUGCACGCGUGCGUGCGGGGCAUGCACGUGUACGCGCGCGCGCACGUGCUCAAGCCGCUGCCGCUGAUUUCACUCCUGACGACGCAGCUGCGGUCGCCGACGCUGUGCCAAUCGCUGCUCGCGCAGUACGCGUCGCACCCGUCGCAUGUCGUCGAGAUGCUCUUGUACUGCCCGAAAGCAGCGGUGCGGUCCGAGUUUGCGGCCUUUCUGAGCCACUUGGUCGUCGGAUCGCUGCCGGUCGAGGGCGAGUUGCUCGCACUGGGGCUCACGGGGCCGUCGCUGUUUGGGAAGCUCUUGGACCAGCUCUUUACGCUCUCGAUGCUCGAUGCGAUCGUGCUGAGCUGGCGCACGAUGGGCGAGUUCUUUGAGUUUUUCAAAGGCGCCGCGCUCGCCGACGCGCGCUGCCGCGACCUCAUGCGCAUGCACAAGUGCGGCAUGUACCUCCUCGACCUCUUCCUCGGCGAAGCAAGCCCGCUCAUCGGGUCCGUUUACCCGCCCUACUCGCGCAAGCGGCUGCCCAAGGUCCCAAGCAGCCACCUCACGCCGAUCCUCGAGCUUGUCGCGGUGCUCUACGAAGGCCAGUCGCCGACGAGCUUGGACGCGGAGACGCGGUCGUGCCUCCUCCUCAAGACGCUGUACGUGCGCAUGUUCCAGUGCGCCGACCACGCGAAAGCGCUCGCGACGCUGCUCGUCGAGUGGUGCACCGAGUGGGACGCGUUCACGCAGUCCGUCAUCGACGUCGUGGGCCACGUGCUCUCGACGCUCCAGAUCUCGACGACCUCGAGUCUGCUCGGGCUCUGGGUCGUCCUCGACCCUUUCUUCGGACUCGAAGACUCGCUCCAAGGCCGGCGCGCGCACGACUGCCUCGUGCUCAUGUGGCGCAGCAUCCAGUCGCAUCGCGGCGUCCUCGCCCAAGCGCAGGCAAUCGGGCUGCUCCUCGCGCUCGGGUCAGUCCAUGCCCACGUCCACGCCGAGCUCCAAGCAACCCUCGGCGUCUGGGGCCCGUGGGUCGGGCCGCUCCUCGCGACAGUGCGCAAGCAGCCGUGGGCGUUUGACGUGACGACUCGCGACGGAUCCUCUCUCGAGUGGUGCCACGCGCUCUCGUAUGACCGCGUCGCACAGUACAUUGCCGAGGCCAACCUCUGCGUGCCGUGGCUCGAGGCGCCGGCUGAAGACGAAGCCGACGACCGACUGCACGCGGAUGCAGACGCGACGGCCUUUCUCUGGGACAACAGCCUCGACUAGACGUCCAAACGAUGUGGAUUUAUAUACAUACUCGUAUUCUGCAC